AUGGACUUUCUCCCGGACUUCCUUCCAGACUUUCUCCCAGAAUACCUCCUCCCCCUAACCCAAAACCCAACCCUUCGCGCUCUGGCAACAACCCCCCCAUCAACGCACCUCACCAACCUCCGCACCCUCUACCUGGAGCCGUACAUAAUCCACCCGCUCUCAGCGGUAUUAACGUCGUCAAUGCCCGAUCUCGUCUCGAUCCUGAUUCUCGCGAUCAUCCUGCUCAUUUCGCUGAAGAUUCUGGACUAUGCGCGCCGCAUUAUCAUGUUCUGGGUUAUGUUGGUGGUGAGGGUGGUGUUUUGGGGUGCAGUGCUGGGCGCUGCGUGGUGGGUGUACCGGGUGGGUGUUGAGGAUGCGGGGAGGGAUUUGGGCUGGUUUUGGGGUGUUGCGCAGGGGUUUGUUGAGGGGUUUCAGAAGCAGGGGGCGAGAGGUGAUGGGGGUGCUGCUGGUGGUGGUUCGCAGCAGAGAUUGUAUGCGGGUGCUGCUGGGAAUGGGUGGUGA